AUGGAGGGGUGGAAAAAGCUGCUGCUCGCAGCAGCAGGUGCAGCAGGUGCCAGCUGUGUUCUGUACUACCUCUUGCGAGAAGAGGCAGAAAAUAAGCAGCUUCCUGCUGAUGACGGCGAGGAGAAGGAGAAGAAGCUGACCCCGGAAGGAGAGCUGGCGCAGGUCCAGCAGAUCCUUUCAGAAAUAGUAUCCUCGCAAGAAAAGAUGCUUGGCCACAUGAAGAAUUUGACGAGGGAGCUGAUGUCUAAGAAACUAAGUUUUGACCAGACCUACAAGCGACUCAAGGAAGUGCAGCCGGAUGACCCCCUGGAGCGGUACGGCCUCACUUUCCAGCAGUUCGAUGCCUUGCUUGGCAAGCAUCAGAAUGACCCCAAGGUGAAGGAGGGCAUCCAUCACAUUAUGGGCAUGCCAGUGAAGACGGACAGCCCUGCCGAGGUCCCCGUCGUCUCAGCCGACAAAGUGAUUGAGGUGCACAAGUUCAUGCUCGAGGAGGUGGAGAAACUGGUUCAGCAGUUCAAGACACUCAAGAGCCAGGCGACCUACGACAGCAAGACCGUGACACUCACCGCACAGGCCAUGGUCGGUGCCAAGGUUGAGGAGAAGUUCGACCUGACCUCUGAAGACAUCGAACGCGCAGUGGUCCGUUACCACGAGGAGCUGGCCACUAACAAGGAGUUUGCAAGUGUGAACAUGCAAAUGCAAAAGGCAAUGUCCUACCUUAUGGGCGCGGAGAAGGCCUAA